CCGGGGUAUUGAAACGUUUACGUUACGUGUAGAUUCAAAGUUUAUGUGAUGGAAUAACUCUAUCCCAAUGGGAUUAACCAAACACAACUUAUAUGACUAGAAUACAUAAACUGACAAAAUGGUGAAAUUAACCGCAGAAUUAAUAGAACAAUCCGCCCAAUACACAAACCCGGUCAGAGACCGCGAAUUGGAUUUAAGAGGUUACAAAAUACCUGUGAUUGAAAAUUUGGGAGCGACAUUGGAUCAGUUUGAUACCAUAGAUUUCUCUGAUAAUGAUAUAAGAAAGCUGGAUGGAUUUCCACUGCUUCGUCGUCUGAAAUGCUUGCUGUUCAACAACAACAGGAUUGUGCGAAUAUCAGAGGAUAUUGAAGAAUGCCUUCCCAAUUUAGAGUCAAUCAUCUUGACCAACAACAACAUGCAGGAACUGGGGGACCUGGAUGCUCUUUCUUCCAUCAAAACUUUAAAGAUGCUCAGCUUGCUGAGGAAUCCAGUUACCACAAAGAAACAGUACAGACUUUACCUUAUACACAAGGUGCCACAGCUACGGGUGCUAGACUUUCAAAGAAUCAAACAAAAGGAACGUGAAGCAGCAGCAAAGAUGUUUAAAGGAAAGAAAGGACAAGCUUUGGCUCAAGAGGUUGGCAAACGGAGCAAGACAUUCACAGCAGGAGAAAAACUGGCAGAAAAACGGGGACCCACAGGACCGUCCAAAGAAGAUGUGGAACUAAUCAAGGCUGCCAUUACACAAGCAGAUACAUUGGAUGAGGUAGAGAGACUGAACCAGAUGUUGAAGACUGGCAUCAUUCCAGGCCGGGAACUGAAACGACUGAGAGGAGAUGCUGUAGAAGAAGAGGAAGAGAUGGAAGUGACAAAUGGAACAUGACCUAGCCAUAAUCACAAGGACACAAAAUGUGAAGAAGGAUAAAGAUCAUCUGUUACUUGUACUGCAUACUAUGGCCAGCCCAAUCAUACAUCCAUUUAAAUCUAGUUAUCAAACAUUUGGUAAUACGUUAUAUUGAACUGGAAUUAACAGUCAAAUGAUCAAAUCAUGCUAGGGAAUUGUUAGAUGCAGAAAAUCAUCAUAGGCGCAUUAUCCAUCAUUUGGUCCUGGUAUUUAUAUCAUUGUUAUUGUUUGUUGACAGCUGUAUCAGUGUUUACACUGAUAAGAACUGUAUACUACUACUACUCGGGUAUCAGGACUGAUCAGAACAGCAGUUAAACUGCUACAGAUACUACUACUUUGUUCUUGUCACCAAUGUGUCGGUACCUGAUGAGAGUUUUGAAAUCGGGUUUUAAGUUGAUUCUUCAUAUUGUUCAUAUGUCUGUUCCUUGUAGAUCUGAGCAAUUGUUUUAGUAAAACAAGUGACUUUGCCACAAAAGCAUUUUUGUGUCAAGUUUCCUUUGUUAACUUGUCAAUGUACAGAAUAGUUCUAAAGAGCCACUGCCUUAGGAGGGUUAGUCAAGAGUUAUUUCCCUUAUAACAGUGGAUACGAGGAUAGCAGCUUCAUUUUUUUUUUUUUUUUUUUAAUAUUUGCAAUUGUAACUGGAUCAAACUGUAUAUUGGAAAUAAAGGUUG